AUGAACUUUAUCAAGUCAAUUUUUGUCAUCUUCAAUCAAGGUAAAAUACAAUCAAUGAAAAACUAUGCAAAUGUACUCACUUCUGACAGGCAUGAGAUUGUUAAUAUAUUAAACAAAAGUUUUCAAUCGGUUUUUGUUAAAGAGCAUGGUGAAAUUCCGGAGUUUGUACCACGUAUUACAAAACCUUUUGAAUGGGAUUGGAAAAAUGUUGUUACAAAUGAGGCAGUUCAGCAAAAACUGUAUUCUUUGGAUGUUAGAAAAACAUGUGGUAGUGAUGGUAUUAGUCCUUACGUACUUAAAAAUUGUUCAAGUAGUGUAGCAACUCCAUUAGCUUUAAUUUACCGAAAAUCAAUUGAAACAGGAAAUAUUUCUAGCAAAUGGAAAGAAGCAAAUACUACUCCAAUAUUCAAGAAUGGAAAUACAACAGACCCGCUUAACAGACCCGUAUCAUUAACAUCUCUACCAUGCAAAGUUAUGGAAGCAUUCAUAAAAGAAGCGAUAAUGACUCAUCUGAUGGAAAAUAAAUUGCUUUCAAAAAAUCAACAUGGCUUCGUAAAAAAUAAAGCCUGUGUAACAAAUUUGCUAGAAACAUUAGACAUUUUAACAGCAAGCAUGAGUGACAGUUUAGCGGUAGAUAUGAUUUAUAUGGAUUUUGCCAAAUUCUUUGAUAAGGUUCCACAUAAAAGACUGUUGAAAAAGUGUGAAGCAUAUGGUAUCAAGGGUGUAAUAAAUGACUGGAUAUCGUCUAAUAAUAAAGGGUGUAAUAAAUGA